GAAUUCCACGAUUCUGUCAAAAGCGGUGAUUUCGUGUUUUUGAUGUGUUUGAGUUUUUCAUAGAAGUUUGGGAUAAAUAUUCAUUCAUUGAUCUGCUGCUGGCUAAAGCAGAAUUACAUUACAACAAUGACGGUGAUAAACAAGAUGGAAGUUGACGCCGGACCAAAGGGCGAAGGUUUCCGGUCCUACUACAUCACUAAAAUCGAAGAACUUCAACUUAUUGUGGCUGAGAAAAGUCAAAAUUUGAGACGUCUUCAGGCUCAAAGAAACGAACUUAACGCAAAAGUAAGAAUGUUGAGAGAAGAAUUGAUGUUACUUCAAGAACAAGGAAGUUAUGUGGGUGAAGUAGUGAAACCAAUGGAUAAAAAGAAGGUACUUGUUAAAGUUCAUCCUGAGGGCAAAUUUGUUGUGGAUAUUGACAAAAAUAUUGACAUCAACGACGUCACACCAAACUGUAGAGUUGCUCUGCGUAAUGAAAGCUACACCCUUCACAAAAUUCUACCAAAUAAGGUUGAUCCCUUGGUGUCCCUUAUGAUGGUUGAAAAAGUGCCAGACUCCACAUAUGAAAUGGUUGGAGGCUUGGACAAGCAAAUCAAAGAGAUCAAAGAAGUAAUUGAGCUCCCAGUCAAGCACCCAGAGCUGUUCGAUGCUUUGGGCAUAGCCCAGCCUAAAGGAGUGUUACUCUAUGGCCCACCCGGAACGGGCAAAACACUUCUGGCCCGUGCGGUCGCCCACCACACCGAAUGCACCUUCAUCCGAGUCUCCGGCUCCGAACUGGUCCAGAAAUUCAUCGGCGAGGGCUCCCGUAUGGUACGAGAGCUCUUCGUGAUGGCCAGAGAACAUGCUCCCUCCAUCAUAUUCAUGGACGAGAUCGAUUCCAUCGGAUCGUCGCGUAUUGAAUCGGGAUCCGGGGGUGAUUCCGAGGUACAACGUACAAUGUUGGAGCUGCUUAAUCAGCUCGACGGGUUCGAGGCGACGAAGAACAUCAAGGUGAUCAUGGCGACUAACAGGAUCGACAUUUUGGAUCCGGCGUUGCUGAGGCCGGGUAGGAUUGACAGAAAAAUCGAAUUUCCACCACCAAACGAAGAAGCUAGAUUGGACAUUCUUAAAAUCCAUUCAAGGAAGAUGAAUCUGACCAGGGGUAUUAACUUGAGAAAGAUCGCUGAGCUUAUGCCUGGAGCUAGUGGAGCAGAAGUUAAGGGCGUCUGUACUGAGGCUGGCAUGUAUGCCUUGAGAGAGAGGAGAGUCCAUGUCACACAAGAAGAUUUCGAAAUGGCUGUAGCUAAAGUAAUGCAGAAGGAUUCUGAGAAGAACAUGUCUAUUAAGAAGUUGUGGAAAUAAAUUUUGGGAUCUUCAAUAUAUCUGCUUUACAAUACAUUAUGAUACUUGAUUUUUAAAUUAAAUAAUUAGUAUUUAA